UAGUUAAUACGACGUCUGAGAGGAGCAGUGUAGGGAAUGAGGAGCCCAUAAAAUAUUGCCUUGACAAUUUUUCAACGACCAUACGCAUUGAUAACAAAUUAUUGCGCGUUAAAAGUAAAUGUUUUUGCCCUCGUCUAUUAUUAUUUGUAUUCUAUUGAUAAUUGAUUUAAGUGCCUCUUCGAAGGUAUUUGAAACUCAGUUGUUUGAAGUAAAACGCAAUUUCAGUUAAAAAUAGGCGUACAUAGGACGAACCGGCAUUUCGACUGAAGGUGGCGAUAAUGAUGAGCCAUUUGUUUGUGUACGGGAAUUAUUUAUGUGCUGUGAGUGUGGAAUAGGCCUACAGUUUCUAGCUGGGUAGCUAAAUACGAGUAUGAGGAAGAAGUUCACAGAGGAAAAUUUUACCUCCGAGGUGGAUGUGGAGUUUUCUUAUACACCCCACAACAAUCCAAGCUCAACUUUUCAAACAAAGCUUUAAUUCCAAAGAAAAAUCCUCCUCACAGAAAUUAUAUUUCUACAUUGCCAACACUGGUAAUCUCAUAAUAGUGAGAAAGGAGUCUCUCUUCACCCACAAUUCUAUGGCAUGAAGAAAUCUGUACAUAGCCGUGGCUUAAUAAAUGGUAUAUUUAUUUACGUUUUCAUUUUUGGUAUGCCAGUAAAUUACGAGUAAGUGUUCGACAAAGUUCACCACGAGUAUCGUAGCAAUUGCAUACGUGUAGCAGCCCACCUGGGAAAUAAACACGACAAACUUAGCUGUGUAUAUCAAUUGAUAAACGGUAAAACGCGCUUUGCUGGCACUUAAGAGGAAAUAAAAAAGUUGCGCGCAAUGGAUGAGACCUCAGGAUCAAAACGUAAACGCAAGCGGAUUAAUCCCACACACGUCUGGACAGACCUUCAAACGCAAGUGCUUCUGCAAGCUGUAUGUGAUGCCGUCAAAGACCAACCUGAAACCUUUGAGAAACCGACAUCAGAGGCUUUUUACAAUAAAAUCAAGGAAAGCACACUCUGUCUAGAAUCGAUCGGCUGGAUGUCUUUAAAAUGUAAGAUGCGGCACCUGAAAGUGAAAUACUUAGACGCUGUUGAUUGGAAAGAAAAAAACGUCGGCUCUCAGUUGUUGACCAGCGGAAAAGAGCAAAGUGUCAUGGAGUAUAUUAAUAAAAUAUCACCCUAUUGGGAUAUACUCAGUGAUAUUUUUAGACACAGCAAAAUCGUAAGCCCAGGCAUUGUAUAUGAGGGUGCUAAUGACGACAUUGACACCACGAACGCAGAGGUACGCAAUAUGUGCGAUAGUAAUCCUUAUGAUUCGGGUGAUGGUGAGUUGGAAUUAAAAUUUCAGCCUGGUACUCCACAGCCCUCAACUUCGCAGAGCUCAUAUGAUUUAUCACAUACGAAAGGCCAACAGAAGUCAUUACAUACACAAACAUCGAGGCAGAGUCCGAUAGAUAUUACAAGUACAAAAAACAUAAAACAUAGGCAUAUAAAGAAAAAGUCUGCAUGUGCGCACAAAUUUCAGUGCUUGCGGUUAAUUGAAAAAAAGAAAAUAGCAUUGGAAAAAGAGAAAUUAGAAUUUGAAAAAGAAAAGUUGCAGAAUGAAUUUGAGCUUAGAAAAAUUGAAUUACAAAAUGAAUUUGAGUUGAAAAAAUUUGAAAUUGGAACACGCAUAGAAUCCGAUGAGAGAGUUAAAAAAUAUGAAAUUGACUUAAAAUAUAAGUAACAUACACAUACAUAGAUACGCACAUACAUACAUACAUUUGUAUAUACACAUAGCAUUAAUUCCAAUCAUAGUAAGAUUACAUUGCCGGCAUUGCUUCUUAGAAGUAAAAUUUGUGAGUUUAUUUUCAUUGAAGAAUAAAUUUGUUAGUUUCUAAAUGUAAA